CCACGCCCCCCUCUCCCCGCCUCAGGCCCCGCCCACCCGGAGCCCCUCAGGCCCCUCUGCGCGCCCGGCCCCGCCCCCAGGGCCUUAGGCCCCGCCCACCCCGCGCCCCUCAGGCCCCGCCCCCCUCUCUCCCUGCCCUAGCGCAGGGGGUGGAGGGGAGGGGAGGGAGGGGGACGAGGCCACGCCCCCCGGGAGCCCCCCCGAGGCCACGCCCCUGGUUGGGGGCAGAGGCUCCGCCCCCCCCGGGGCGCUGCUGACCUCACUAAGGGGGUCCCGAGGCCCCGCCCCCACUAAGGGGGGGUCCUGAAGCCCCGCCCCCAGGGUCACCCCCCCACUGGCCCCACUAAGGGGGGUCCUGAGGCCCCGCCCCCUCUAAGGGGGGGUGCCCUGAGGCCACGCCCCUAGGGGCACUGAGGCCACGCCCCCAGGGUCAGCCCAGACCCUGCCCCCACUGAGGGGGGUCCUGAGGCCCCGCCCCCUCUAAGGGGGGGUCCUAAGGCUCUGCCCCCACUUGGGGGGGCUCCCCGAGGCUCCGCCCCCAGGGUCACACCCUCCCCCAUAGCCCCGCCCCCAGGGCCCCGCCCCUGACCCCGGGGGCCGCCCCCCCCGCCCCGCCCCCCCGCCCGGCGGCCCCGCCCCCCCAUGGACAUGCUCGACCCCGGGUUGGACACAGGCUCCGCCUCUGCCGCCCCCAGCCACGAGAAGAACCAAGAGGCCGACGAAGGCGUCGAGCUGCAGGAAGGCGAGGGGCCGCCGGGGGAGGAGCCGGGGGCCGUGGCCGGCGUCCAGGCGCCCUUCGCCGAGCCGGGGGUGCAGUACCAGUUCCGCACCGAGAGCAAUGGAGGACAGGUGACCUACCGCGUGGUGCAGGUGACGGAGGCCCCGCUCGAGGCCCAGGCCGAGGCCGCCGGCGCCGUCAGCGUCGUCUCCACCUUCGCCGGCGCCCAGCAGGCCGUGGCCCAGGCGGUGCUGCAGAACCCCUUCAGCAACGGGGGCAGCCCGGGGGCGGAGCCGGGGGCGGAGCCGCGAUUCGCCUACUUCCCCGCUGGCGGCGUCGCCGAGGGAGCCGUGUCCGUGCAGGCCGACCCCGCCCUGGCGCCCGCCGGAGUUCUACGUGAUGAUGACGCCGCAGGACGUGUUGCCGACGGGCGCCCAGCGCUCCAUCGCCCCCCGCACCCACCCCUACUCCCCGAAGAUGGACGGCACGCGGACGCCGCGGGACGAGCGGCGGCGGGCGCAGCACAACGAGGUGGAGCGGCGCCGGCGGGACAAGAUCAACAACUGGAUCGUGCAGCUCUCCAAGAUCAUCCCCGACUGCAACGCCGACAACAGCAAGACCGGCGCGAGCAAGGGCGGGAUCCUGUCCAAGGCCUGCGACUACAUCCGGGAGCUGCGGCAGAGCAACCAGCGGCUCCAGGAGACCUUCAAGGAGGCCGAGCGCCUCCAGAUGGACAACGACCUCCUCCGCCAGCAGAUGGAGGAGCUGAAGAGCGAGAACGCGGUGCUGCGGGCGCAGCUGCAGCAGCAGGGCCUGGAGGGGCCCGAGGGGCCCCCGCCCUGACGCCGGGGACGCCGGGGACGUCGGGGACACCCGCCACGGGGACGCCGGGGACACCGGGGACACCAUGGACGCCCGCCACGGGGACACCGGCCUUGGGGACACCGGCCGUGGGGACACCGGCCGUGGGGACAACCACCACGGGGACAUUGGGGACACCGUGGACGCCCGCCACGGGGACACCCGCCAUGGGGACACCCGCCGUGGGGACGCCGGUGACACCCGCCAUGGGGACACCCGCCAUGGGGACACUGGUGACACCACGGAUGCCCACCAUGGGGACACCCGCCAUGGGGACACCCACCGUGGGGACGCCGGGGACACCAUGGACACCCGCCAUGGGGACACCCGCCAUGGGGACACCCGCCGUGGGGACACCGGUGACACCCAUCUCGGGGACACCAUGGGGACACCCGCCGUGGGGACACCAUGGACCCCAGUGACACCCGCCGUGGGGAAAUCACCUUGGGGACACCGUGGGGACAUCCGCCGUGGGGACACCAUGGACCCCAGUGACACCCGCCGUGGGGACACCAUGGACACCCGCCGUGGGGACACCAUGGGCCCCGGUGACACCCGCCGUGGGGACAUCACCUUGGGGACACUGUGGGGACACCCGCCGUGGGGACACCAUGGGCCCUGGUGACACCCGCCGUGGGGACACCGGUGACACCCAUCUCGGGGACACCAUGGGGACACCCGCCGUGGGGACACCAUGGGCCCCGGUGACACCCGCUGUGGGGACACCGGUGACACCCACCUCGGGGACACCAUGGGGACACCCGCCGUGGGGACAUCAUGGACCCCGGUGACACCCGCCUUGGGGACACUGGUGACACCCAUCGUGGGGACACCAGGGACCCCGGUGACACCCGCCAUGGGGACCCCCGCCGUGGGGACACUGGGGACACCGUGGGGCGUCCCCCCACCCCCACCCCAUGGCCACCUUGGGGACACCAGGGACACCCAGUGUGGGGACACCAGGGACGUCCCCCCCCUUGGGGACACCAGGGACGUCCCCCCCCCCUUGGGGACACCCCUGGGACCCCCCCCACCCUGGGGACCCCCCCUUUGGGGACCCCCCCACCCUGGGGACAUGUCCCCCCCCUUGGGGACCCCCCGUCCCCCCCCCGUCCCCCCUUGCAGCCAAAAGUGAGCAAAAAGCCCCCAAACCGCCCGGUUUUGCCCGUUCCGGCCCCGUUUCUAACCGGGGGGGGGGACACGUGACCCACACGCGUGUCCCCAGCGGGGCCGGGGGGGUCCCGUGUGCAGGCAGGGGACACGUGACCCACACGCGUGUCAGCGCUUAGCGUGUGCGGCUGGGGGGGGGGGUCAUGUGUCGGGGGGGGGCUCCCAAGAUGGCCGCCGGCACACGCGUGUUCCGUCGCGUGUCCGCGUCGCCGUCCCGUGCGCACACGCGUGUGCAGCUCCCCGUCGCGCGUUCGCGUCCCCGUCGCGUGUCCGUGUCCCCCGGGCCGCCCGCACACGCGUGUCCGUCCCGUGUCCGCGUCCCCGUCCCGUGCGCACACGCGUGUGUGUCCCCCCCCCCCCGCACCGCUCUUUUGGGGCCGAACCCCCAAAUCCGGCCACUUUCGGGGCGGAGGAAGGGGCUCCCCUCCCCCCCCCGUCCCCUUUUGCCCAAAAUCCGCCUUUCCGGCCCCGGAAAGCGCUGCCCCCCCGCCCCUCCCCCACCCCUGACUACGGCGCGGGGGUUAACGGGGGGGGGGCGGCGCUUUUUUCCUUUCUUUUGUGUUUUUUUAAAGAUAAUAAUAAUAAUAAUGAUAAUAAUAAUAAUAA